AUGGCCGACCAAAAAGAGUUUCCAGAUCAACGGACGAAUGAAGAAUGGAGAGCAGUGUUAACUAAGGAACAAUUCCACAUCCUCCGCAACAAAGGCACCGAACCCGCUGGGAGCGGUGAAUACAACAAACACUCCCCUGCAUCAGGCGUCUACGAGUGCGCCGGCUGCGGCGCCCCGCUUUACAAGGCCUCCCACAAAUUCUCGUCCGGUUGCGGUUGGCCGGCAUACUUUGACUCGAUCCCUGGUGCCGUGACGCGCAAGGAGGAUCGGUCCUUUGGCAUGAGCCGCACGGAAAUUAUGUGUUCGAACUGUGGGGGGCAUUUGGGACAUGUUUUCAAGGGCGAAGGAUAUCCGACGCCCACAGAUGAAAGGCAUUGUGUUAAUAGCAUUAGUUUGAGGUUUACGGAGAGUGAGGCGAAGGCGAGGGCGAAGGAAGUUGAGAUGGAGGGGGGAAGUAAAUAA